AUGUUUAUUGUUGAUUGUGAUUGUUUUUGUGUUUUAACUUUGGAUUACUACUUUGCAAUGGAUCAAAUCAAGAAAUUCGUUGAACCAAGCCGUAAAUUUACUAAGGACAGCAUCAGAUUAGUUAAAAGAUGUACGAAACCCGAUAGAAAAGAAUUCCAGAAAAUUGCAAUUGCUACAGCUAUUGGAUUCUGUAUAAUGGGAUUUAUUGGAUUUUUUGUUAAACUUAUUCACAUUCCUAUUAAUAAUAUUAUUGUGUAA